AAAAAAUGGCCGCUCGCGGCAGAGCGACACUCGCAAUGAUGAGCGACAACAACACAAACAUAACCCUCUCAAAAUGUGACAGCUGACCCGAACCGACACCAGCACACACGCCGGCUUCCGAACGGAUGGGUAUCGCGGCCGGUGGCGGUGGAGGCCAGGAACGACAGCGUUUGUGUUUCCGUUGUAAUUUGAAGGAAAUAAGUGAGUUAGCUAUCCUGCUAACGUUAGCCGCGCGCUAAACUGGAGCUGAACGAAUCAGAACCAGAACAAGAUACACGAAAACAGAGCACAGGAGCUGCAUUAUCACUGCUAACAUGAGCGGACCGAGUCAGGACAGCGAGCCGGAGGCCAAAGUGCUUCAUAUUAAACGGCUGUACAGGGCUGUGGUGGAAACGGUGCAUAAGUUGGACAUUAUAAUCAGCGGCAAGUCGUCGUACAGGGAGGUCUUUAAACCUGAGAACAUCAGCUUGAGGAACAAAUUGCGAGAACUUUGCGUAAAGCUGAUGUUCCUGCAUCCUGUGGAUUAUGGACGCAAGGCAGAAGAGCUGCUGUGGAGGAAAGUCUACUAUGAGGUCAUUCAGGUGAUCAAGACCAACAAGAAGCAUAUUCACAGCCGCAGUGCUCUGGAGUGUGCCUACAGGACGCAUCUGAUUGCCGGGGUGGGCUUUUUUCAACACCUGCUGCUCUACAUCCAGUCACACUAUCAGCUGGAGUUACAGGACUGCAUAGACUGGACACAUGUCACCGACCCGCUCAUCGGUCGUAAGAAACCAGUCUCAGCCACCUCUAAAGAGAUGGAAUGGGCCCAGAUGGCGUGUCACAGAUGCCUUGUGUACUUGGGAGAUCUCGCGCGCUACCAGAAUGAACUGGCGGGAGUGGAGGCCGAGCAGCUGGCGGAGCGUUUCUAUCACCAGGCCCUGUCUGUCGCACCUCACGUCGGCAUGCCGUUUAAUCAGUUGGGUACGCUUGCCGGAAGUAAAUUUUAUAAUGUGGAGGCUACUUACUACUACUUGCGCUGUAUUCAGUCAGAGACUCCCUUCGACGGUGCGUAUGGGAAUUUAAAGCGUCUGUUUGACAAGGCAUCCAAGAUGUACCACCAGGUGAAGAAACAAGAAAUGAAGAAGCUUUCACCAUCUCGACAGAGGUCAAAAGACAUCAAAAGACUGCUGGUGAGCUUCAUGUAUUUGCAGAGCCUGUUACAGCCCAAGAACAGUCUGAUGGAGACGGAGCUGACGUCGCUGUGCCAGUCUGUGCUGGAAGACUUUAACCUGGUGCUUUUCUACCUGCCUCUUCCUGCUCAUGGCAGCCAGUCGGCCAGCGAGGAGGAGGAAGAGCACGACUCUGUUGGUUCUGUGCUUCCAGACAGCCUUAUUUUCAAGAUGGUGGUGAUUUGUCUGAUGGUGGUGCACAGCCUGAAGCGAGGGGCUUCAAAGCAGUACAGCGCCUCCAUCGCUUUCACAUUGGCGCUGUUCUCCCAUCUGGUCAAUCAUGUCAACAUUCGACUGCAAGCUGAAUUGGAGGAGGGAGAGAGUGAUGUCCCAGCCCUGCGCACCGAUAACACUGAUGACGCUGAUGCCAGAGAUCACAGUAGUGCUGCUCUCUCAGAGGAGCGAACCCUGCAGAACGGCUCUCUGGAGGAGGAUGACGAUGAAGAGGAGGAGGAAAAGGAGAACGGGGAAGACGAGCCUAAAGGCAACGGAAGAACUGUGGCGACAAAGAAAAACCAGGAGAAGAAGAGAUCAGCCGAGGAGAAGCAAAAACAGAAGCGGAAGUUCUCAAGGCUCUCCAUGCUUCGCCGAAGACGCUGUGCUCACAAGGAGGAUGAGAGCGACCUGAGUGAGGGCUUUGAGAGCGAUGAAGAGGAGGAGGAGGAGGAGGAAGGUGGUGGCGGUGGUCUGGUUGAUGGUCUGGGAGCCCCCAGGGUCCAGAUGAACUCUUUAGGAAGAGACACACGGAAGGGGCCACUGCCGGAGGACGGCGGCUGGGAAAGCGGUUCAGAGGAGGAUGAGGGUGGCACGGCUUUUGACGUGGAGACAGACUCUGACAUGAACAGUCAGGAAUCGCGAUCGGAUCUGGAAGACAUGGAGGAUGCUGAAAAUGCACCACAACAGCCACAACAAGAGGAAAAUGAGCAGCCGCAAACGUCUAGAGAGGAAAACGCCACCCCUCCAGUAACCAAUGGGCCGUCUGUGUCUAAUGAUGCCAGUAUCAGCAGUAACCUGCAGGCCAUGUCCUCGCAGCUUUUCCAGGCCAAACGCUGCUUCCGGCUCGCCCCUACAUUCAGCAAUGUGCUGCUCCGCCCUGCAACUACCACUCCCCCUGCCCCAGAAUCAAACCCCGCCCCAGUCCAAGAAAUCACACCCCCUACUGGAGAAACGCCAAGAAACACGAGUCCAGAGAUUGCAAACGGAACCAAUGAUAAGGAUCCUGACUCUAAUUCUGAGGGCAGCGAACACAGCAACCAUUCGUUUCACAGUGAGAAAACUCUUUCUGAGCGACUGGAGAUUCUGACCAAUCAGGGUCUUAUUCAGGUGGUGAAGGUGUUUUUGGAUUGGCUGAGGACGAACACAGACAUCAUCCUAAUGUGUGCUCAGAGUUCUCAAAGCUUGUGGAACAGGCUGUCAGUGCUGCUUAAUUUACUUCCCGAGGGAAGCAAGAUCUUAGAAACAGAUAUAGGUCUGAAUAAGGAUGUAACGGAGCUUCUAAGUGAGUGUGAGCACCCUAGUUUGGCCCAGACGUUGUUGUUACCUGAAGAUAUGGCUCUCCGUCAUCUUCCUGCCCUCAGCAUAGCCCAUCGACGCCUGGACUUCACUAGCCAGAGACCCCCUCUUACCCCCCUGGAUGAGUGUGUGGUGCGCGUGUGCUGUAUUCGCAGCUUCGGUCACUUCCUCACUAAUCUCCAAGGCAACGUGCUACACUUCAACCCGGAGGCGGGCAUCUUCACAAGCAUCAGCCAAUCAGAACAGGACAACCUGGUUCAGCAGGCCAAGGCCCAAUUCCGCAUGGCGGAGGAGGAAGCUCGCAGAAACCGGCUCAUGAGAGACAUGGCCCAGCUGCGCCUGCAGUUGGAGGUUUCUCAGCUGGAGGGCAGUCUGCAGCAGCCUAAAGCCCAGUCCUCCAUGUCUCCUUAUCUGGUGCCAGAUACUGCUGUCCUCUGCCAGCACCUGGGGCUGCUCAGACAGCUGGCUGCCAGCGGAUGCUUCAUCAUCAUCAUCCCUCGCACAGUGAUUGACGGUCUGGACAUGCUGAAGAAAGAGAACUCUGGCGCAAGAGAUGGCAUCCGGUUCCUUGAGACAGAGUUUCGGAAAGGGAAUAGGUACAUCCGCUGUCAGAAAGAGUCAGGAAGAAGCUUUGAGAGGGACAAACUAAAACGUCAGGACACAGAAGCCUGGCACCUAUAUAAGAUGGUGGACAGCUGUCGUCAGCUGACGGGAUCUCAGAGCAGUGGAGAUGAAGACACCGCCGGCAUGGUCACCAUUCUCACUGGACACUCAUUAGAGGAGCUGAGUGAAAGAUCGGCUUCCAUGAAGGCGGCUGUCCAGGCGGUAGCAGCAGCAGGCAUGGAGCUAAAAAACAUCAUCGAAUUUUACCGGCAAUGGAAAGAGAUGGGCUGAGAAACGGUGCGGGACGCAGGGGGUGGACUCGGCAUUCGCUGAUCGCACACUCACUCCCCCUCACUCUCUCUAUCUCUCUCGCUCUCUCUCUCUCCCACUUUGCUGCUCUGUCUGUAUAUGUGUCUCCAAGACAAAAAAAAAA